AUUUACGAAAUCUCAAUUUGGAUAGAACUCUAACAAAUUUACUUCUUUUUCAAAUCAAACACUUUAACAACCUUAUAUUAUGGGGCUAGUAUUUUUUUAUUUAUUUUAACAAUGAUGAAAAUAUUGAAAAACAACAUGGCUUCGCGUUUGAGAUUUUGGUUGAUUUUUCAAGUAGUUUUAGUUAUAUUUUUUGCUAGAUUAUCAUGUAGUUUCGAAGCGAAAUCAGCUAUUGGAGAUCCAGGUAUGAAAAGGGAUAAUUUAAGAGUUGCUAUAGAGGCAUGGAAUCAAUGUAAUGAAGUGUAUGAAGAAGCUCCUAAUAUGGGAAGUCCUAGACAUGCUGAUUGUUUUGAUCUCCAAAAAUCAAAUAACAAUAGGACAAAGCUGGUUCACUUGGUGAAUGAGCUUGAUAACAAACUAAGUAUAAAUGACGCCAAAAGCUUAGGACAAUACUCCCUGAAUGUGGAUAUGUAUGCAGCUUGGAAAGAAUUGUUCUUAGGAUACAAAUGCAAAGUUCAAGAUGAGCCAAAACCAUGGAAUUUUUGGAUGAUCAUGCUCAAGAGUGGCAACAUGGACACAACAGCAGCAAUUUGUCCAAGAAAUGGCUUACCAUCUCAACCCUUUGAUCAAAUACCGCGAUUUCCAUGUUUUGGAAAAGGUUGCAUGAAUAUGCCUAGGAUAUACCAUGAUUAUACCACAUUACAUAGUCAUAGGAAACAUCCAAAGGUGACUAAGUUGAAAGGGGGGUUUCAUGGUACAUGGGAAUUGGAUGCUGAUAUGAGUACAGCGAAGACUCAGAAUGAUACUUCAUUUUUCUCUGUUACUUGGCAUAAGAUUCUUGGAAAAGGAAGCUGGAAAUUUCAUCAUGUGUUGAAGACUUCAUCUAAGUACCCUUGGUUGAUGCUUUACUUGAGGUCUGAUGCAACUACAGGAUUUUCUGGUGGAUAUCAUUAUGAAACAAGAGGCAUGUCAAAAAUAGUCCCAAAGUCACCAAAUUUCAAAGUGAGGUUCACACUAGAUGUGAUAAAAGGAGGUGGUCCAAGGAGCCAAUUCUAUCUAAUGGACAUAGGUAGCUGCUGGAAGAACAAUGGUCAGCCUUGUGAUGGGGAUGUCACCACAGACGUAACGCGUUACAGUGAAAUGAUCAUCAAUCCUGAUAUUCGUGCUGUAUCAUCAGGGUGCAACCCCAAGGAGAAUUUGAAGCUGUGCCCAGUUUACCAUACUUUUGCAAAUGGAACUCGAGUUCAUCGUACUGAUGAGGCUAGAUUUCCCUAUGAUGCUUAUCAUAUGUAUUGCUCCCCGGGCAACGGAAUGUAUCUUGAGGAACCAUUCAAUCACUGUGAUGAAUAUAGCAACCCUCAAGCUCAGGAAAUACUUCAAAUUCUUCCUCAUCCUGUUUGGGGAGAAUAUGGAUACCCAACUAAGAAAGGAGAAGGAUGGAUAGGUGAUGCAAGAACUUGGGAACUUGAUGUUGGGAGACUCUCACAAUCACUGUACUUCUAUCAGGAUCCAUUUACUAAACCAGCUGAGAGGCAUUGGCCAUCUAUUGAUUUGGGAACUGAGAUAUAUGUUAGCAGUAAUGAACUUGCUGAAUGGACUGUUAGCGACUUUGAUAUCAUUGUGACUGAUGAAUAGUUUUAUUUUUCUUUUGCUAGUUUCACUUUUUGUUAAGAAUAGUGUUUUUUCUUUUGUUUUUGUUUCUAUUCUCUUUGCUUGUUUCACUUUUUGUAUAUUUCUCGCUUUAUACAAACAUAAACGCAUUUUAUACACUUAUGUUUGUAUAAAAGUGAGGGAGCAAGAGAUGGCGCGAAAAACAGAGAGGUGACUGACAAAUAGCUUGCUACGGGGUACAAUUAAAUCAAAGUGUAAUUAUAAUACUUAAUUUAAUUUCUUAAUUUGCUAUUAUAUACAAUUUUUUCCUUAUUUAUAAUUAUAUUACCUCAUCAUUGUUUCAAAUUAUAUUACCUCUUUUGAUGAUUCAUUGUUUCAAAUGAGUUCUCUUAGAGUUAAAAAAAUGGGAAGAACAAUAUUUUUUCUUCAUUAUAUCAAUUAAUGCAUCGCGCCUAUAUAUAUAUAUAUGUACAAGGGGGCAUAAAUACUAACUCAACAGGGCAACCUGAACCUAAAGAAUACCUAUUUAGAGACCCUGACAACUAAUAAAUGGUAAAAUCAUUAACCGGGUUAACAGAUCCCUCUUCAAAUCUCCCAUGCUGAUUGAUUUGAGGGAAAAUGCAUAUCGUGAACUGUCUCACUGCAAGGUGGAUGU